AUGGAGCGACGCAGGAACAGCAAGGCGGUAGCAGAGGAGAACUGGAUCCAGGAGGAGGAAAACCCCUCCUCAGCCAUGCAUGGUGCCAGUGGGCUACAAGAGUGGCACCUCCAGCAUUUCUCUGAGAACCUGGAUCACUUCUCCGACAACAUGGAGGAUUUCUCCAACGACCUCUUUAGCAGUUUCUUCGAUGACCCAGUAUUGGCUGAGAAGAACCCACUGCUGGACAUGGACCUGGAUCCACCCACUCCAGGCAUCCAGGCAGAGCACAGCUACUCCCUUAGCGGAGACUCCGCUCCCCAGAGCCCCCUCGUGCCUGUCAAGACUGAAGAGAACGCUAACGAGCUGGAGAAUGGAGUGUGGUCGCUGGGGCCCAAGCUCUGCUCCAUCAUGGUGAAACAGGAACAGAACCUGGCUCCAGACCUGCCUGAGUCCCAGCUAGCUGCCAGCUCCAUACCAGUGUUGAACCUCAACCCUCUGCAGAGGCUGCCAGUCCACGAGGAGACUCCCAUAGAAAUGACUCCAGCACCUGUGAUCAAAGCUGAACCCAAAGAGGUGAACCAGUUUCUAAACAUACCUGCAGUAGAUGACCUGGUGCAGAUGCCUCCAACUCCACCCAGCAGCCACGGCAGUGACAGUGACGGAUCCCAGAGCCCUCGGUCUCUGCCUCCCUCCAGCCCAGCCCGACCUGCUGCUCGGUCUUCUACUGCCAUCUCCUCCUCACCUCUCCUCACAGCACCACACAAGUUACAAGGGACCUCUGGCCCGCUGCUCUUGACUGAAGAGGAGAAACGCACCUUGAUUGCUGAGGGCUACCCCAUUCCUACCAAGCUGCCUCUCACCAAAGCAGAGGAGAAAGCACUGAAGAGGGUCAGGAGGAAAAUCAAGAACAAGAUCUCUGCUCAGGAGAGUCGCAGGAAGAAGAAAGAAUAUGUGGAGUGUCUAGAGAAAAAGGUUGAGACAUACACAACAGAAAACAAUGAACUCUGGAAAAAAGUGGAGACCUUAGAAAAUGCAAACAGGACUCUGCUCCAGCAGUUACAGAAGCUGCAGGCUCUGGUAGCUGGGAAGGUCUCCAGACCUUACAAAAUGGCUUCCACACAGACUGGGACCUGCCUAAUGGUGCUGGCACUCUGCUUCGUGCUGAUCCUGGGAUCCCUGAUGCCCUGUCUCCCUGAGUUCUCUUCAUCAUCACAGACAGUCAAAGCAACACCAGCACCAGACAUUUACACAACUAGUAAGAUUCAGUCACGGAGCCUCCUUUUCUAUGAUGAGGGUGCUGGCUCCUUAGAAGAGAGCUAUAGCUCCUUCCUAACCAUGGACCAUCCUGAGGGGUGGGAGGCCAAAAAAGGGCAAUCUGAGGAGGGAAGGCCUCGUCUGGCCAGGACGCAUGAGACAGCCAAAUAUCUGAGCAAAUCCCAGCUGGAGGGUCCUGACCAGAACCAAACUGACCCAACUCUCGCCCACCUCAAAGAGCAAUUCCAUGAGAGGGAGACAAGCUCCAGUGAGACAGCUGAAUACUUGUAGCAGCUGCUGGACCUCAAGGCCUCAUCUCUCUGACUGCAGGAUGCCCUCCUCACCGAGCAACUGAGGGGACUUGGCGGGAGAGGACGCUGCAUUCAGACACUCCUAAACUGGCCUUGGGUUCAGCUCUCCCCUUCCCCGUGUCCCCUCCCACCCCCCGUUAGUACUGAUCUCUCUGAGGGGAGUCCCAGGACUACCAGAACCAGCAAUAAAUGUCUGGCAGAGCCCUGAGACGCCCUCAUCUCCUGGCCUUACCUCCUCCUUAAAUGAGCACUACCCCAUGGGUGUGGG